AUGACUAACGAGAAUAUCAUCGAAGAAAUAAGUGAGAUUUGGAAUCUGACCAUGGCUAUUCUCACUGUAGCUAUUCUUUGUCCAUGGCACACUACAAUAAGUCUCACUUUAGUCUACAUAGCAUUUUUCUUUGGUUAUAUACGACAAUGUGGUCGAGAUUUUCUCAAAUUUCGUAUCGAAGCAAAUAAAAGAUCUGAACAACUUCAGGAAAAACAUUCUCGCGUAGCUAGUCGAACAUUGGAUUAUGUAUUCCAUGGCGAACGAGUUGCAUUAAUAACUAUCACUGCUAGUUUCCAUGUUGCUAUCGGGUAUGAUCUUGGCGGUCAACUUUAUCAUCCUCUUGAAAAUCGACUAAGUUGUGGUCAAAAAACACGGUUGAUGCUUGCAAGAGCACUGAAUCAAGCUCAACAGCAUCAAAGUCAAAUACUUAUUCUUGAUAAACCUGAUCGAGGUUUGCCGAGUGAAACAACAUUUCGUAUCAUGUCGAAUAUUGGUCGAUGGUUUAAACCGAAAGGGAUUCUCUUCAUAACUUUGCACAAUGAUCGUGUUCGAGAACGAUUAUUUGUCGAUCAUUUAUUACAUAUUGAUCAUGGACAUAUUCGAUCAGUUCCAUUCAAUCGUCUUCAAAAUGACUCACCUGCUUGA